UGUAGGAAAGUUAUAGAGUUCACAAACUAUGGUAUAGAUCUGAAUAUUGAUCAAAAGUCAGGACAGUACAGAUAUCCCCCAAAUGUCAGAACAGUACAGAUAUCCCCCAAAUGUCAGAACAGUACAGAUAUCCCCCAAAUGUCAGAACAGUACAGAUAUCCCCCAAAUGUCAGGAUGGUACAGAUAUCCCCCCAAAUGUCAGGACAGGACAGAUAUCCCCCAAAUGUCAGGACAGUACAGAUAUCCCCCAAAUGUCAGAACAGGACAGAUAUCCCCCAAAUGUCAGGACAGUACAGAUAUCCCCCAAAUGUCAGAACAGUACAGAUAUCCCCCAAAUGUCAGAACAGUACAGAUAUCCCCCAAAUGUCAGGACAGUACAGUUAUCCCCCAAAUGUCAGAACAGUACAGAUAUCCCCCAAAUGUCAGAACAGGACAGAUA